CUCCAGGGAGCUGGUGUAGUUUUUCCUCCCGGUGGGCGCCUUGGGCCGCUGGGAGGGGCGAUGCAGUGUGUGCACAAUGGGCUUCGGUCGUAUUGAGAAGGAGCUCUGACCGCCAGCGUCCUCGGCAGGGAGUCCCCGGACUCCUGCUUCCUCCCGGAGGCCUCAGGCCCCUUCCGUCGCCCAGAGAUAAAUCCCGAGCUCUUGCACUUCACAGCUCUGGAGAUGCUUUUUGUUCUCCCAGAGUGAGGCGGGGCGGACAGAGCUAAUGUUAGCGGGCGGGUGGAGGCCCAGGACGCUAUUUUGGGUCCUGUCCAGCAAGGCGCAAGCAGUGCAUAUUAGCAGUAGUGCUGGGGGUGGAAAUCCUUCAGCUCUGUGAAGUUCAGUCCUGUCACUUUUAGGCCCUCUAAGCGACAAGGCAUGUUUACCGUCCAUGGAGUCACUGGAAGAUCGCUCUCCAGUCAAAUAAGUUGCGCAAUUAAAUAGACACAUCAUUUCAUCUUCUGCCUGCCCUUUUGAGCUUGUGCCUGCAUAGAGAUCAGUUAAAAAAAUCAUUCAAACAGAUUUGUGUUGAAACCUCAGUGUGGGGUUGAAAACGCCUCAGUGAACACCUGCCUUCAUUAAUCAAUGAAUUUCAUGUAACCAGAUGUAUAUGAUGUGGAAUGUGAAGCAAUGGAGUUCCAGCCGACCCUGCAGUAUGGAACUUCUAUAGGGCUUUUCUUUUGCUUGUAACAGGUUGUAACUCUAAGGAUGCAACCACUUAAGAGUGAGGGUUAUCUGAAGAAGCUGAAUCAAUGUUUGAUGGGUUUAUAUUCAAGGGAUGCAUACUAAGACAACCUGCCAUGCAGGAUAAAGGUCCAGUGUGGGAUGUGCGUGUUGAAAGAAGGCUAAGGUGGAAGAGCUGAAAAGGGCUCGUCUUCAACACCCCUGGGAAGGAGAGUGGCUGUGGAGACUUCCUAUCUUCUGUUGAUGCCAGAGUGCUGCCCUUGGUGUCUGUGGGAGGCAGAAGUAUAUCUGAUCCAUCACUGCAUUGUGUUCAGGAACUCUAGUGUUGGAGUCGGGAUGGCAGCAGCUGUCAUUCCUCUGAUACAUGUUCAGUCUUCCCUGUACCCACUCUCUCCCGAGAAAGGACACACAGAGAAAGAAGGGCUGGCCAAUGAAUUCUUGACAAACUUGAUACAGGAGCUGGUGUCCUUCGAAGAUGUGACUGUGCAGUUCACAGAGGAGGAGUGGGCUUUGCUGGAUCCUUUACAAAGAACUCUGUACAGGAAGGUAAUGCUGGAAAACUGGAAGAACCUGGUUUCACUUGGGCAUCACCUUGAUAAACCAAAUCUGAUAUCCCAGUUGGAGCAAGAGGACAAGGCUAUAAUAGAGGAGAGAGGAAGUAUUCCUGGCAUCUGUCCAGAUUUGGAGACUGUACUUAAAGCCAAAUGGCUAACUCCUAAGGAGCAUGUCUUUAGCAAAGAAGAUGCUAAUGGCGGGAAAACAGUCAAAUUGGAGGAAAGAGAUCAUCAUGGAAUGAAAAUCAAUGAAUGCAAUCAAUGUUUUAAAGUCUUCAGCACGAAAUCUAACCUUACUCAGCACAAGAGAAUUCAUACUGGAGAAAAACCCUAUGACUGUAGUCAGUGUGGAAAAUCCUUCCGCAGUAAAUCUUAUCUUACUGUUCACAAAAGAAUCCAUAAUGGAGAGAAACCAUUUGAAUGCAAUCACUGCGGAAAAGCGUUUAGUGAUCCCUCAUCCCUCAGACUUCACGUAAGAAUUCACACUGGGGAAAAGCCCUAUGAAUGUAACCAGUGUUUUCAUGUCUUUCGUACCAGCUGUAACCUCAAAAGCCACAAGAGAAUUCACACAGGGGGUGAGAAUCACCAUGAAUGUACUCAGUGUGGAAAGGCCUUCAGUACAAGAUCCUCUCUCACUGGACAUAAUAGCAUUCAUACUGGAGAAAAACCCUUUGAGUGCCAGGAUUGUGGGAAAACCUUCAGGAAGAGCUCAUAUCUAACCCAGCACUUAAGAACUCACACUGGAGAGAAGCCCUAUGAAUGUAGUGAGUGUGGGAAGUGCUUCAGCAGUAGCUUUUCUCUAACUGUACACAAGAGAAUACAUACCGGAGAAAAACCAUAUGAAUGCAGUCACUGUGGGAAAGCUUUUAAUAAUCUCUCAGCUGUGAAGAAGCACUUAAUGACUCAUACUGGGCAAAAACCCUAUGGAUGUAACCAUUGUGGAAAAUCUUUCACCAGUAACUCCUACCUCUCUGUGCACAAAAGAGUACAUAACAGGUGGAUAUGAAUUGUGAUGAGAAAUUACUAAGAGAAAGCUUUGUUGAUCUAAGAUAACUCGAGAGAAUUUACAUCAGGUGUACAUGUUAUCUAUUGGUGUAUAAACUCACCCAAAUUUUGUGGCUUUAAACAAAUACCUCACACUUUAUAGGUCAGGAAUAUGAGGACAUCUUAGUUGUGUAGUUCUUCCUCAGGACUUCUCAUGAGCUUGCAUUCAAGACAUCAGAGCUGCAUCUUCUAAAGUUGUCAUUGAAGGAACCACUUCUAGGAUGCUCACUCUCACAUGCCUAGGAAUUGACUGCUGGUACACUGACUCACCAUGUAGGCCUCUCCGUGUGAUUACAUAUCUUUAUAAUAUGGCAAAAGAACAAUCCCUCCUCCCCCAAGGGAAGGGUGAUUCCUUCCAAGAGAAGCCAGUUAAAAAAUGAAAUAUGACCUGGCCUCCAAAAGCUAUAUUUUCACUUCUUCCCUUAUUGUAUUCGUCAAACACAGACCGACCUUGAUACAGUGUGGGAGAAAACUCCAGACUAUCUGAGGGUCAGGAGGCAGCUCUCCGAGAACCAUCUGAGAAACUUGCCAUGAAAGUGAUGAAGUUUUCGGUAGACCUUGAUCCCUUUAAUCAGUGUGAAAUGACAUUUGGUAAAUUGUUAAAUCUUUCUGCAAAGACACCUGUGUGAUAAAGCUUUUUAGUUCACUUAUAAUGUGUCCCAAAGAUUAUGUAGUGGAAAAAAACUGGUAAGUAGAAUGCUGGUCAUGUGGUAAUGGUCUUCAGUGAUGUCAGUCCUCACAGUCUUUCUUGUGGGAAAUCACACCACUGAAAAACAAAAGAAAUUCAGAAAACUGUAUAGCAAAGUGUUCACAUUACUCACCACAGAUAAUGAGGUGCUCUGCUGUGAUAAUGGGAAAUCUUCGACUCUUUUCCUUUCUUAAAGAGGUAUGAAAAUGCUUUCUGAUAAGCCCCCUUGAGUAUCAUAGGCAUUGGCAAGUGUUUGAGGAUUCCUGUGAUGCAGGAAAAAAUUGGCAAUAAUUCUUCUAAGCACAUAAAUUAGAGGGACACCUUAGGAAAGUGAAGUAAUACAUGUCAGGAUGCUCCAGCAUCAGCUGUCUGCUGAGUAACUGUAAUAAUUUAUACAGGAAAUGAAAUGGAUGAGUGUGGGGAUACCUCUACCAGUAGGUAGUAUCUGUAGGUUCAGUUACCAGUUUAUUAAUUUUCAAUCUUUGUUUUAUAAACAUGUAUGUUUAUAUGUAUAACCCCACCCCAAAAAACAGCCCUUCACUUUUCCAGAAAUUCAGUGUAGUGUAUUUAUAGCUUGUCUUCUGAAGGGCUGGGUGUGGUGACACACACUAGUAAUCCUAGCGCUCAGGAGGCUGACAAGGUGGAUUGUGAAUUUGAUGCAAGCUAGAACUGGCUAACAUAGUAUUUUUGUCAAGAGUAUAGGACUUUUUGAUAUUGAUCUUUUUUCUUCUUUCUGUCCUGCAAGUACUUAGUGUCCAUUUUGUGCUGCUUAGGGCCAACAAGAUGGCUCACUGGGUGAAGGUGCUUGCCACUAGACCUGAUCACCUGAGUUCAGUCCCCAGAACCCAGACAGUGAAAGUAGACAACAGACUCUGACAUCCACACACAUCAGCCCAACAACAAAAUCAAUAUUUUUUUAAAUCUGCAAGUGUAUUAAAAUAAUAUGCCAGGAUUUCUUGAAGCCUCAAGACUGGCACCAUGAAAUUUGGAGACCGAAGGAAAAGCCUGACUUCUCAUUUAUUUUCUAUUCCUCUCAUACUUCCUCUUGGCAAGUGGCUGUAUGAUCUGGAGUGAGAAUUGUUUUCUCUUGUUUUGAUCAUGAUGAUGUAAGCAGUGGAACAGUAACAAUGAUUUAGUUUCCUCAAAAACCUCUGACUGAGUACAUUAGUUCUAGAUUCCUUUGUUUUUUGUUUUUUUUAAUUCAUGCUUUGAUUAAAAGUAACCCCUUGCUGGUUGAAGCCAACAUGAUUUGCUGUUUGUUUUUGAAGCAAUGUUAAGUUCCAUCUUAAUGCAUGUCUAACUGGUAAACCUGUUUGUCAAAUAAUAUCCAUAGUUUUUUGAAAGUAAUAUAUAUUCUCUUACAUGUUGAUAUAGGGUGUAUGCACAUUAACACAUUCAAUGUUAGCAGUAUAUACAAAUUGUUUUCUUUUAAAAUAAUUUUGUAGUAGAGCCAUGGUAGUCUUCCACUGUGAUUAUAGAUUGACAUUCUUAGAACUUUGUCCUUUUUUUUUUUUCUAUUUAUUCUGAAGUUCUAUAACUAGGUGCAUACAAGAUUGGGUGCUUUUUUCUGUGAAGUGUUCCUUUUUAUAGGGACUACAUUUUUUCAUAACAAAGGACUAUAAUGCAUUGAUAAUAAAUGGUCAAACACUAUGUAGUGCUUCUCAUAGACAAGCAGAAAUGCCUUAUAAAUAACUAUUGAGUACUCUAAAUAAACAUCAGUGUGUUCUCUUAUUAUUCCCAGUUUACCAAUGAAGAAGUUAAUAUGGCACACAUCAGUCACUUGCCUGAGUUCUCCAGCUAAUAAUAGUAUAGUCCUGAUUUGAACAUAAGUCAGUCUAUUAUCUUAAUACUAGCCCAUCUAUUGAGUAUGUUCUGGGAACUGUUGUGUAGGUAUUUGCUGAAUUGAAAUAUUCUCUCCUAGAGGAUACAAGGAUGCCCUGAAUGACAUUGGGAGAGGAAGCUAAUGAAACAGGAAACUUGUCAAACCAUCAGGACUCAAAAUGCUCAGGGGUUGUCCCCCAGAUUAUGAAUAGUAAACAAUUGCUGCUACAUAGAAAACUUGUAUGUGUGGAACUGCUAAUAAAUUAGAAAGGGAACCCAA